AUGGACUCAAGCGUAAUUCAAAUCUCAAUCACCCCUUCUCUUCCUGGAAGGCCAAUACCCCCUGCUCAAACCCCUAAAAGCCCGCCCAAUGGAACUCUUGUGCAGCCUUUUCCCAAAAAUAAAAAUAAGAAAAACAAGAAAAGGCCGAUUCCUCUGAACCUUGCUGAGCUGUCAAAUGCAAGGGUAAUUCAAAGCAAUUUAAUUUAUGUCACAAACAUCCCUGCCAAAUUCGCUGACGACGACCUUCUGAAGCGUUAUGAAUAUUUUGGACAGUACGGAAACAUUAAGAAGUUCUCUAUAAACAAGUCUAUUACACAUGGGGAAACUGACGCUCCACCGACAUAUGGAGCUUACGUUACUUAUUCUACAGACGAAGAAGCAGCACUUUGUUUGAAGGCAGUAAAUAACUUCGAGCUAGAAGGAAAUACUCUGGUCGCAACUUAUGGGACUACGAAGUAUUGUGCAUAUUUUCUCAAAGGAAACCCUUGCCCUAAAAAAGAAUGUCUAUAUUUACAUAAACUAGGAAAUCAAGGGGAUACGCUGGCAAGAGAUAUUAUGCCGAAUGUAAAGCAUAUUCAACCUAAAGAUGCAGCUAUCGAUAGGAUGAGAGUCAUCAUUUUGCCCCCAGACCACAAUACAAAAUUCCCUAUUGCAAGAGUGGUCAGGGAGAGAGCUACAAGUGCUGGAUCUACGUCACCAAGAAGACUAAGACACUCAGACCGGCCAAGGAAUCGAAAUUUCCAUUUGGUUGAAAGUGAAGACCAAGAGCCCGAAAUACCUGAAAUUGUAAAUAAAUUGAGAAAAAUGGCUUCACCUUGCCAAGAUGUUGUAGAGGUGCCAUCAGAUGCUAUUGAAGAAAUCAUGAGUCCUGCAAGUCCUGACAGAUGGGCUGCAGAUAUUUUAGAUAUUUCUCCUAAACUUCCUCUGACUCCUCAUCCGUUAAGACUUGUAAUCGAAGAAGAUACGUUUUUGGUCGCAUCAAAGCCGUAUAAAAAUAAAAUCAUUUAA